UUGGGGUGAGUCUCUCACUCUUUUCUUCUUGACGGGUGAAAAACGACCACAACCAGGUCCUCUGCCAUUCACCACUGUUUUUACUUCACCUCUUUAUCCAUCUGAUCAAUGCUGAAUAACAGGCGUGGUGCCCGGAAAUUGCAACAGAGUGAGACGUCCGGUUUUUUUUCUUUUUACUACAUUGUAGCAAAUCUGUCGCUCCUUUCCGCUCUGCAUGUUUUCCUUCUGCAGCAAUGGACUCUAAACACUGGGUGAAGGUCUGCUAACCACAGGUCGAGACAUUGAUAGGCAGGAAUGAGAGUCCCCCCCGCCGGGCUCAUGAUGAGAGAGUGGUGGGUCCAUGUGGGUCUGAUCUGCAUCCCGCUGCUGGCCGUCUACCUGCACAUCCCUCCCCCUCAGCUGUCACCUUCCCUGCAGAAGUGGCACAAUGCCGGCGAGGCGUUUCACUUCAGAGGCAGGGAGAUCUUCUACAGAGAUUCCUAUGGCGCUUUGGGAAGCUCUGAUGUCAUCAUUCUGCUCCACGGCUUCCCCACUUCCAGCUUCGACUGGAACAAGAUCUGGGAGCCACUCACUCAGCGCUUCCAUCGAGUCAUUGCACUGGACUUCCUGGGUUUUGGCUUCAGUGACAAGCCACGACCCCACAGAUACUCCAUCUUCGAGCAGGCCAGUGUGGUGGAGGCCCUGGUGGCUCACUUGGGUCUGAGCAACCAGCGAGUGAAUCUGCUGUCCCAUGACUACGGAGACACUGUGGCCCUGGAGUUGCUCUACAGAAGUGACCAAAACCGCACAGGUCACCUGAUCAUCAACAGCCUGUGUCUCUCUAACGGAGGCUUAUUCCCGGAAACGCAUUACCCACGUUUGCUGCAGACGCUUCUGAAGGACUCUAGUAUUCUGGCUCCAGUUCUGACACGUCUCACCAACUAUAUGAUCUUCCAAAAAGGGAUUGGAGACGUGUUCGGUCCUUACACGCAGCCCACAGAUGCUGAGUUCUGGGACAUGUGGACCGGUUUACGCUACAACGAUGGCAACUUAGUGUUGGACAGUAUUCUGCAGUACAUCAACCAGAGAUUUAAACACAGAGAGCGGUGGGUGGGCGCCCUCACCUCCACCAUCGUCCCACUGCACAUGAUCUACGGACCCCUGGACCCUGUUAACCCUCAUCCUCAGUUCAUCCGUCUUUACCAACACCUGGUCAAGAGGUCGACGUUCACCAUUUUGGACGAACACAUCAGUCACUAUCCUCAGCUGGAAGAUCCCACCGGCUUCCUAAACGCAUAUUUCAAUUUUAUUCACUCUUUCUGAGAGGUUAGCAAAUGUAAUGCGUAACAAAUGUUUGGUACUUUUGCAGCGCUUAUUCAAAGUGAUAAAAGGUAACGUGUGAUACAAAACCCUUUCCUGUUGAUGAGUCAUGCUGUCACUAAUCUGCAGUUUAUGCAUUAGUUUGAGAUUUAAGCACCAGUGAUUGGCUAAUUUACCGGCAUCAAUUCCUAAAUUGUCAAUUAAUACCAUGGAAGACUUCCAAUGUGAGCUAGAAACAUGAUUAAUUGUACUUUUUGUACUAAUUUAUGGAUCCUCUUUCAGCAUGAUACUGAAAGUUAUGUUGGGUUGUGAUUAUUGAACAUAUCUGUGGGACAUCGUUUUGAUUCCCUCCAUUUUCUGUCCUGCACAGCUGCAUUCUGAUUGAAUUUUUUUCUGAAUGAUUUUCUACAUUUCCCCUUGAUGUCAAUUUUUCUUUAAAUAAAGCUAG